AAUCCCCACAAGCCCCUCUGCUCUCCUUCCCAUUCUCUCUCUCUCUCUCACUGGUAUUUUCUCGGGAAAAUUCCACAUUUUCCGGGAUUAUCCGGACAAUUCCCCCUCUACCCAUUACAGGCCCAGAUCGGAUCCGGCUCCAAUUUACCAAACUGUGUGAACAUUAGCAUUUCUACGAUUAGCAAGGGAAGCCCAUAAUGGGAGGAUGAAAUUUCGAUUCGGGUUUCGAAUUCGAAUUUGGGCUCAACUUUAAUGGGGAUUUGUUUUAGUUCUCAAGAACACCGUUCGUCUAUUAAUUAUAAUCCAGUUGAAGUAGGCCAUGUUCCUGCUACAUCACCCACCAAAGAAAACAAAGAGGCAGCUACUUCUCCAAGAAAACCAGCGUCAGAUGGCAGGGAAACUGCAACCAGCAUUCAUGUGGUUCCCAAAAAUGUAAAGGAUCUGCGCCAGAAUCCUGGAUAUUGGAAUGUUGAUGUCUUCACAUAUGAAGAGAUGAGAUUGGCCACAAAGCUUUUCCGACCAGAUCAGAUACUUGGGGAGGGUGGAUUUGGAAUUGUCUAUAAAGGAGUGAUAGAUGAGAAUGUAAAGCCAGGUUACAAGACAACACAAGUGGCCAUUAAGGAGCUUAAUCCAGAAGGUUUUCAAGGCGAUAGAGAAUGGCUGGCAGAAGUCAACUACUUAGGGCAGCUCAGUCACCCAAAUCUCGUGAAGCUCAUUGGAUUCUGCUGUGAAGAUGAGCAUAGGCUGUUGGUCUAUGAAUAUAUGGCAUGCGGAAGCCUGGAAAAGCACCUAUUUCGCAGGGUGUGUGCUACACUGACUUGGUCAACAAGAAUGAAGAUUGCUUUAGAUGCAGCAAAAGGUCUUGCUUUUCUUCAUGGUGCAGAAAGGUCUAUCAUAUACCGAGAUUUCAAGACAUCAAAUAUCUUGCUAGAUGCGAAUUUUAGAGCAAAACUUUCAGACUUUGGGCUUGCAAAGGAUGGACCUAUGGGAGACCAGACCCAUGUGUCAACACGUGUGAUGGGCACAUAUGGAUAUGCAGCUCCUGAGUAUGUAAUGACUGGGCAUUUAACAGCUCGAAGUGAUGUUUAUGGUUUUGGAGUAGUGCUGCUUGAGCUGCUCAUUGGAAGGAGGGCCAUGGACAAGAGCAGGCCAAGUCGAGAGCACAACCUAGUUGAAUGGGCACGCCCACUCUUGAACCAUAAUAAGAAGCUACUGAGGAUCUUAGAUCCAAGAAUGGAGGGGCAAUACUCAACCAAAAUGGCACUGAAGGUUGCCAAUUUGGCAUAUCAAUGCCUCAGUCAAAACCCAAAAGGAAGGCCUGUCAUGAGCCAGGUAGUUGAAAUACUUGAAACUAUUGCCACACAAUCAGAAAAUCAGGAAGAGGCCAUGCUUCAAAGUGGAGGCAGCGGCUGUGUAACCCUUUAUGAAGUUCCAAAGGACACCCAUAGCAACCCAGAUAAGAAGCAAAAGCCAACUAAUAUGGAUGGUGAAAAAGAAGGUGAGACUCAUCAAAAGAGAAAACCAUCAAAUGGAAGGAGCAAGAGUGAGCCUCCCAAUGAAGGUGGUCUCUGCAGUCCAUUUGUAGAUUCUGAAUCCGAUGAGAAAUCAGUUUCCCCCAGAAGUUGAAGUGAGGAACCCAUCUGGAAGUUGAGCCUGUACAAGAGAUGUAUCAACAUUUCUAUCUGAUUGGUAUUUUUAAGUAUUCUUUCUUAUUACCAUUUUCCUUGAGGAUCUUGCGAGGUUUAAGGAGCCAUAAGUUGUCCUGUAUCCACCUGAACAAUGAUUUGUUUUCUUUAAUGAGCAAUUGUGGUAUUGCAGUAA